UUUAAAUCAAACUGAGGUGAAUACAAAAUGGCAGAAGUAAGUUCUCAAAUUGUGAAAGGUUUAACUGAAUUUUCAUGGAAUCUUUAUCGACUUGCUGCACAGAAUGGAGACAAUUUUCUUAUUUCUCCUCACAGCGUCUGCUCUGCUUUGAUGUUAACAUGCUUAGGCGCGAAUGGAAACACCGCUGAUCAAAUCUUUAACACGCUUGGAAUGCGCGGUAUGACUUUUGAGGGAUAUCACACGGCCUACAGUAUUGAAUAUUUGAAUAUAUUACUAAAUGAUGCCUUGAAGAAAGACGGUAGUGAUGGCGUCACGCUAAAAGUUGCUAAUAAAAUGUUUGCAGGAAGUGAAAUGAAGGUUCUUGAAAAGUAUGUCCAAGACGCAGGAAAAUUAUACGCUAGCGGAACACAGACAAUGGACUUUGCAGCAAAACCAGAUGAAAGCAGACAAUUGAUCAACAAAUGGGUGGAGGAUCAAACGAAUGAUAAGAUAAAAGAUCUUCUGAAGGAGGGGUCUAUAACAUCUGAUACUAGACUUGUGUUAGCGAAUGCAGUCUACUUCAAGGGCAAAUGGUCCAAGCCAUUUAAACCAGAGAAAACUGUGUCAAACACUUUCUGCUUGUCGUCUGCUUCAAGAACCGAAGUUAAAAUGAUGCGUGAGAAAUACGACAUGCAAUACACCAGAAAUGAAGAGCUGAAGUUUGCUGCUGUUUCAGUACCGUAUCAAAAUAAUGUAGUUUCCAUGGUUAUUGUUCGACCAGAUGACGUUGAUGGGUUAUCGGAGAUUGAACGUUCUUUCAACCAAGAUAAUUUAGUAUCACUUUUGAUAGAUCUGCGACAGUCGAUGAAAGCCAAGGUCGAUCUUGGUCUUCCAAAGUUCGCGUUUAAAAAGGCAUCUGAUCUUACACGUAUACUACCAAAGUUAGGAGUGACAGAUCUGUUUGAUGAAUCAAAAGUCGACCUUAGCGCAAUGACUGAUUCAUCCGGUAUUGCAAUUAAUGACGUCAUCCACGAGGCAUUCAUUGACGUCAAUGAAGAAGGUACCGAAGCGGCUGCUGCGACGGCUAUGAUAUCAAGGAUGAUGAUGCUUCCGACAGAAGAAGUAGAAUUUAUAUGUGACCGGCCUUUUCUGUUCAUGCUGGUACAAAAUAUGUCUGAUCAUAUUUUAUUUAUUGGACGCUUUGCAAAACCGUAAAUCCGGAACAUAUCCCUGAGACUAUCUCUGCUAGUAUUAUUAACUGUGCUUAGAGUUGACCUCUAUAGUGAUUG